AUUUCCAUGGGCAUGCGCUAACCAGACAAACCCAGGGCUUCCUUGACUGCGUUCCUUAUGAAGAAGCAAGGGGUUCCCGGUGUGGUGGGGGCCACCGAUAGGCUGACCAAGCUCAGCUGCCUGAUUGUAGGGAGUGCUGCAACGGGAGGGGUGUCAGCACAGUCCUUCCUUAAUGCUUUCAACUUUGCAAGCUCCGCUUUCAACCUACAAGUAGCUACACCUGUGGGAAAGGCUCUGGAUUUUGUGGGGAUAAAUGAAACAGAUUCAAGAUGGUUUCAGGAAUUUCAGCUGAAGCCCUUUGCCAACCCUGCAAGGCUAGAAUCGAUAGACGGCUCUCGAUAUCAUGCACUUUUAAUUCCACAUUGUCCUGGGGCCCUGACAGAUCUAGCAAACAGUGGAUAUCUGGCCAGGAUUCUACAGCACUUCAAAGCAGAGAAGAAACCGAUCUGUGCAAUUGGGCAUGGUGUAUCGGCAUUGUGCUGUGCCACCAAUGAGGACAGAUCCUGGGUGUUUCAAGACUACAGUCUCACUGGGCCCUCUGUGUAUGAACUGGUACGUCAGCAAGAUUAUGCUAGUUUACCAUUGAUUCUGGAAGACUUUGCAAAGGAAUCUGGGGCAACAUUCAGUGCCAGUGAGCCAGACGCUGUCCAUGUUGUACUGGAUAGGCAUCUAAUCACUGGACAGAAUGAGAACUCAACCGUGGCUGCUGUUCAAAAUCUCAUCUUGCUCAGCAAUGGGAGGAAAUAAUACCUCUGUCAAGACAGAUAGCAGUGACAUUUGUCCACAAGUGGCCCAAAGAGCUUUUUGGCAAAAGAAGAAAGACGUAGUCAGAAUGUAUCUACAGGAGCAGAGAUCCAGCUUGAAAUACCAACUUAACUUAUUGCCAGGAGAGCAGACUCAAGAAGGAACUCAUCCCAUAUAUAACAUCACAGGAUCCAGAGGGCAACCUUGUGCUACAUUCCAC